AUCCCGGAUUGUGGACUGUUCCCCGGGGACUGUUGAUUAUCAUCAGAGGAAGAAUCAUAAUAUGUAAGAGAUCUGAACUAUAUGAUGUAGUAUCAUAACUGGAAACAUAUAGGCCUCCGCUACAAGUUCGUAUUUAGCUGGUACUUCUGGCGCUUUAAUUCGUAAUACAAACUAUGACUUUAUUUGCCUUGUUGUGCCGAAAUUCAUGAUGAUCAUAAAACGCAAUUGCCAAAUCAUAUAUUCUUGGGAAUGUGAUUGAUUGCAACAGCAGCGAUAGAUAUGGGUUCAUUACCGUCAGUCUGCGGCAGUGAUACAGCCGCAGUGGACCCUAGAGCUCAACCGCAUCAUCACCGCCAACCAAGACAACGCCCAUUACAAGCCAGAGAAAGUCAAGAUAUCCUCGCCGGUCGACCACCGCCUCCACCGUAUAGCCGCAGCCAGCCGAGCACUAACCGUGGUUACGUCGACAAUCCUUACGAUAGUUACCGCGAUGGCUACCCGCAACGCCCACCUGGAUUCAAGCCGGCCGAACCACCCCCUCCAUAUACAUCACCCCUGCAUUCGAACCGUAUCCCUGCUCAGCCUCUGACGGCGGUCACUGCUAGGUCUAGCGUGGUCAACGAUCCUGGUGACCUGUGGUUGUAUUCAGAACAACCGCCAUCGCCCAUUGACAAUAGCGGUGAUGAGACCGUGCUUGAAAACGGGGAUGAUGUCGAAGAUUUCGCAACGCAUCCAGAUGGACAGCUUGUUAUUACAUCUGAUAAGGAUUAUGAAAUACCCGCUAGCUGCCUCAAUAUUGACGGCUUAUUCGAGGAUCCGGAUUUUCCAGCAGAACCGGAAUCAAUUUAUUCUGACGGUUCUCGGGACACAAGCAACAUCACUUGGAUGAGGCCACACGAGAUCCGUCAAAAUCCUUGUCUCGUCGUUGAUGGUUUCAGCCGACAGGAUGUUGUACAAGGAAAUCUUGGAGAUUGCUGGUUUCUAGCCGCUCUCUCUGCCGUUGCAAAGAUGCCCGCUCUUAUUCAAAAGAUUGUACCAAGUGGCCAGAACUUCAGAGACGAUUACACUGGCAUGUUCCGGUUUCGGUUCUGGCGGUUCGGACGGUGGAUAUCUGUAGUAGUUGAUGAUCGUCUUCCUGUGAAACACGAUAAACGAGUGUUCGCCCGUUCAAGCGAUUUCAACGAAUUCUGGCCGUCCCUGGUUGAGAAGGCGUAUGCCAAAUUACAUGGGAGUUACAGUGGUUUAUCCGGUGGCAUGGCGGCAGACGCAUUCGUGGACUUGACCGGAGGUUUAGCAGAGGUUUACGACCUCACUACUGAUGACCCGGAUGAGGUUUAUGGCAUUCUCUAUAGGGGAACCCGAUCGGGAGCAUUCAUGUGCUGCUCGAGAAAGGGUAAUUGGCGAGCCAAUGAAACCAACAACCUAGGUAUAGUUACGGGACAUUCUUACGCCAUAAACCGGGUUCAGACGGGAGUUCUACAGAACGGUUCCAGGGUUCGUUUAGUCCAGAUCAGAAACCCCUGGGCCAACUCGACGGAAUGGAAAGGAAAAUGGAGCGAUAGCUCCAAACUUUGGAAUAACUUGAAGAACAAAGCUGAGUUUGAGGAGGGCGAGGAGCGAUCAUUGAGCGAUGGUGAAUUUUGGAUGUCUUACAAGGAUUUCUUAUCUGAGUUUACAAAGGUUGUCAUUUCAACCGUUGGACCUGACUUUGACGGAGAUGGGAUACCGGAUGUUGUAAACAACACGGCUCGUGGUUUCCAUCUCGUAACUCGGACCGGGCAAUGGAAGGCUGGAAUCAACGCUGGAGGAUGCCCCAACUAUCUUCAGCAAGGGUACUGCUCCAAUCCCCAGAUUAUUAUCUCACUGUUAGAACCAGAUGAUUGGUAUCCUGACAACGGAACGCCAUCAGAAAACAGGGGAAAGUGUGCCCUCAUUGUCACCUUACUUCAAGAGUAUCGGAGAAUACGGAACAGAAAACGAACCAAGAAACAGUCUAUUGGCUUCCGAAUAUACAGGACUGACAAUAUCGACCGUCCAUUGACUCGAGAUGACGUCAUGUACAUGCAUUCAAUCGGCGGUUCAGGUGAUUACAUCAAUCACCGAGAGGUAGUCGGUCGUCUCGUUCUCGAACCCGGUCACUAUUGCGUCAUACCGUCCACUUUUCAAGCCGACAUCACGCUCCGCUUCAUGAUGAGGAUCUUUACUGAGAAAUCCAUCCUUUGUACCGUCUUUCAGAACGAUAAUAGAUGAUAAUGCUGACGAUGACGACGGCUACGACGAUGGUGAUGAUGAUGCGGUGGUAGUAGU